UCAUUUCAAACUCUUUAUAAACUCAAGAGCCCUUUUUGCAACCUCACGUCUGGGAUUUCCUUUCUGAAACCCUAGAAAAUUCAAAAGCUGUGAAAAUGUCGGGUCGUGGAAAGGGAGGAAAGGGGUUGGGCAAAGGAGGAGCUAAGAGGCACAGGAAGGUGCUCCGGGAUAACAUUCAGGGUAUCACCAAGCCUGCUAUUCGUCGUUUGGCGAGGAGAGGAGGCGUGAAGAGGAUCAGCGGUCUCAUUUAUGAGGAGACCAGAGGCGUUCUCAAGAUUUUCCUCGAGAACGUGAUUCGCGAUGCUGUGACCUACACUGAGCACGCCAGAAGGAAGACUGUGACCGCUAUGGAUGUUGUUUAUGCCCUCAAAAGGCAGGGAAGGACUCUCUACGGUUUCGGUGGUUGAUUUCUUGGUUCUAUUGGUUGGUGUUUUAGGGUUUGGGGCGGUAGAUGUAGGCAGUUGUAAAGAGUGGGUUCAAAUUUAGGGCUAAUGAUGUUGUUGGUUUUAGUGUUAGUUUACUGAUUUCUGUUUGAUUUUCCUUGAAAUUGUGAUGCAAAGAUCGCCAUUUUCGAUUAGAA